CAUACCGCCAUCGUUAUUCAUUUGCUCGGGACUUUCACCGCUCACUGGCACGCCUAACUCUGACAAGGUUGCUGAUCGGAGAACAGAUACUUAGACGACUCCGAACAGAGGAUCAGUGUCAAGUCAAUAAUGGAAAUUGAGCGCGUCCCGCUUGACCUUGUCGCCCUGGGAGGGAAAGUAGAGUCUUUUUCCGAUGAGUUCUUUGCGGAGGCUUUCCAUCUGUUGCUCGUAGAGGUAUUUGAUUACAUUUUUAACCCUUCCUUUGUUAUUGACGAAGCACAGCCCGCGCCAAGCUUGAAGGGACAAUUUGGGCCCAAAGGAGCACUCUACAGCGGAUGGGAGACACGGCGACAUAAUCCAACACACGACUGGUGUAUAAUCAAGCUGGGCACCACUGGCACGAUAUUAGGUUUCGAUAUCGACACUACACACUUCAACGGCAACGAGGCCCCUGAAGUCAGUGUUGACGCACUCUACCAGCCUGACGAUCAGCCUGCUCCCCAGUCUGACGGUGCCAACUGGUCUGAGAUUCUGCCCAGGUCGCCUUUGGGACCAAGCUCAAAACAUCUGUUCAAGAUCAAUCCUACGGAAGGGUUGAACUAUGUCAAGCUUAACAUGUAUCCAGACGGCGGAAUUGCGCGAUUCCGCGUCUACGGACUAGUCUCCCCAGUAUUCCCAGCCGAUUUGUCAGUCCAAUUGGACCUUGCUCACGUAUUCUCCGGUGGAAGGGUGGUUUACACUUCGGAUCAGCACUUUGGUGUGGGAUCCAACUUGAUCCUUCCCGGGAGAGGUAAAGAUAUGGGCGAUGGAUGGGAGACGAAGCGAAGCAGGCACAAGGGGCACAAGGACUGGGUCAUCAUCAAGCUGGAAUUUCCAGAGUCAUGCGAGUUGCGAGCUUUGUCGAGCGAAGAGUUGAAUCCCGUUAGCGUUCCUGAAGAAGACUGGACACUCAUCCUUCCUCGCACGAAGCUCGGGCCUCACCGGCAACACUUCUUCCAGCUGCACAAUGUGGAUGGCAAAGCGUUCACGCAUGUCAAAGUAACCAUUUACCCCGAUGGUGGCAUCAAGAGAAUCCGCAUAGUUGGUCGGAGGACGGGCGGUGAUAUCACAGCACCGGUGCCGCCAGGCGCCGCAAGCGAAACUGCGGGCGCAAACAUUCAACAAGGCGACGCAGCCGGACCUAUCCUGCCCGCACUUCCACUCACUCCGGAAGCCUUCGCACCUUUUGGACAGGUUGUCCAGGCUUACUCCGAUUUGAAUGCCGUGCCGUCUCCGCGUGCCACACGCAUCACGGGUGCGAACCAGGGAACCGCCGUGAAAUUCCAUAAGCUCGCGUUGCUCGAGUCGUCAUAUCCCGCGGAUACCGGAGCUACGUCAGGCCUCUCCAUCUACCGAUGCAAGCCAAUCGAAGUUGCUCCGGGUGGUCAGUGGGAGGUCAAGCUGCUCGAGAGGCACCCCUGUACGAACCAGGCGUUCAUUCCUAUGGGUGGCGGAGAGGGUCUAGACAGCCCAGGAGAGACGUACCUGGUGAUCGUGGCAAAGAAUGGUGCAGAUGACAAGCCCGACCUCCAGAGCAUGCGCGCAUUCAUUGCAACUGCUGGGCAAGGAAUCGUCUACAACACGGGGAUCUGGCACCAUCCUAUGGCCGUCAUCGAUCGGACAAUGGACUUCACGUGUGUCGAGACGCAAGUAGGGAACGGGGAUAAGCUGGACUGUGAAAUUGUCGAGUUGGAUGGCUCGGCUGGGUUCUCCAGCGUGCAGCUUCCCAAAUCAGAUGCGUAAAAUGUGUUUUCAAAUCAGUAAAUUGCGAUGUAUGUUUGGCUCAAGCAUG